AUGGCGUACCGUGCAGCAGAUCCGGACGAGACUUUUGAUUAUCUAUUCAAGAUUGUGCUUAUAGGUGACGCUGGAGUCGGCAAGACCUGUGUUGUGCAGCGUUUUAAAUCGGGGACGUACACAGAAAAACACGGCAGUACAAUUGGAGUAGAUUUCACAAUGAAGACACUAAAUAUAGACGGCAAACUUGUAAAGCUACAAAUCUGGGAUACUGCCGGCCAGGAGAGGUUUCGUACAAUAACACAGAGCUACUAUCGCAGUGCCAAUGGGGUUAUCAUUACUUAUGACAUCAGCAAAAGGGAAACAUUUGAGGCAAUACCUCGAUGGCUUGAUGAUAUCAAGCGAUAUGCUGGUCCUAAUGUUGUACAGUUACUUGUUGGCAACAAAUGUGACUUAGAAAGUUUACGAGAAGUCACAGUGUCAGAAGCUCAGGCCUUAGCCAGUUCCCAGAACUUUAUUGAUGCAGUCGAGACAAGUGCCAAAGAGAACACAAACGUUGAUGACACUUUCCUGAAAAUGGCUCAAGAGCUGAAGAAAAGGUUUGGAGACGAUGUCAGCAUGGAGUCCAGUCAGACGUGUAACAUAAACCUCAGCAGCCGGUCUCUGCUGGGUCGGGGCCGGUCGUGGUUUUCAUGUUGUGGCAGUAGUUAG